ACUAUUAGUUAUGAGGAUUUGACUAUAAUUCUCACUACGAAUAAAUUUUUGUAACUAAUUUUUUAUUAUGAAAAUUGAAUUCUUCACUAGAAAAAGUUUUGCAGAGAAAAUCAAAUUUUGUUGUAAUGAUUAUUUAUCAGACUAUUUUUUUUUUUUUGGUUGGGAUAUAACAUAUAACAUCUCCCGGUAAACAUAAACGUGGUACCAGACUGGAGUCUUCAGAGAUGGCUAAUCAAACGAAAUUGCAGCGAAUUUAAUGGGGAAGAGGGGUGGGCUCGGCUUAACAACCAUAAUUAAGAUGUCCUUGACUUAACCAGCUUGCAGUGCAUUUAUAGUGGUCCAAUGGAGCCUGACAAAUCUUGAAAGCAAGAGCUAGCAAACGGAGAAAUGGGCAGUUGGGUGGUGGAGAUGCAAGCCAGCCUCCACAACCCCGGCAAUGGCCUUAUUAUUUUUGUAACUUCAGACGAUCCGAUAUUCAGCCUGCACGGACUCGACAAUACCUUGCCUUUUAUCCAGCACGAUGUGCUGCUACUGGAGAAUCAAUUGCAUGCUAAUUGUUAUAGGCUGAUUGUUAAAUCAAAACCUGUGAUUCCAUAAUUAAUGCAAUAAAGGCUUAGGCUUCUCUGCUCUGCUUUGAACUGUGAAUGCAGAGGAUGAUUUGGGUCCCACAAGGAAGCAAAAGAACAUGCAGUUGCUGUAUAGGCUCUCUUUAUAAUCCGAACUUCUGCACACCAAGUGCUCAACAAACUGCCAGGCGGCCACUUCCUUUAUAGACACCAAGCUGAGUGACUGAGCCGACGACAUUAAGACCAAGCGGAGAGAUGAGCCAGUGGUUGAUCGACAUCAGUGCUAGACACUACAACCACCGCAAUGCUCAAAGCCAAGAAGAGAAGUGCAGGAAGAAGGGGUCCAUCUACAAGCUCCCUCCCCACCUCAUCUCCGACCAAAAAAAGAAAGCCUACCAGCCCAAGGUGGUGUCGUUUGGGCCGUACCAUUAUGGGGAGCCUCACUUGAUGCCCAUGGAGGACCACAAGCAACGCGCUCUCCUCCAUUUUCUCGAUAGAUCGCCGGUGUCUUUGGACACAAUCUUCGACUCCAUUGUCAAAGUGGCGCAAGAGCUCAAGGAUUCGUACAUCUUGCUUGAGCGUGAGUGGCAAGAUAAUACUGAAAAAUUUGUGCAACUAAUGAUCAUAGAUGGGUGUUUCAUGCUUGAAUUGCUACGAGUAGCUUACCAACCUAAAAACUAUUAUUCCCACGACGAUCCCAUCUUUAGCCAGCAUGGGGAUCUCCACGUUGUGCCGUUUAUCAGGGCUGAUAUGUUGUUGUUGGAGAAUCAAUUGCCAAUGUUGCUUUUGCUUAGGCUCAAAGGUAUCCUAGAGAAUGUUGAGCCUGACAUUGAAGACUUGAACAAGGACAUACUCAGGCUUCUCGACUUCGACAUUAAGGAUAAUGAACCCAAAAAUGCAGUCAAAAAUGUAGCCUCCCAAUCUCCAAAUCAAGGAGAAGGCGACUACCCAAAGUUGGGCAAAUGUUUGCACGUGCUUGACCUCUACCGCGAGGGCCUACUGCACAUAGACAACAAACCCGAAUAUGCAACCCCUCAAUCUCCAAAUCAAGGAGAAGAAAAUAACAAGGAGGACGGCCACAACGUCGUCCGCCCAGCCAUAGAGCUCCUCGAGGCCGGCAUUUCCAUCAAGAAAAGCAAAAGCAAAAGUCUCCGAGACAUCACCUUCAACGGCAACAUCUUGAAACUUCCCAAUUUCAUAGUUGAUCACUCUACCGAAUCAAUGUUCUUGAAUCUCAUAGCCUUCGAGCGUUGCCACAUCCCCGCUGGCAGCGACAUCACUUCGUUCGUCGCGUUCAUGGACUGCAUCAUCGACGAUGGUCGGGAUAUCAAACUUUUGAGCUCGAAAGGGAUUAUCACAAACUACAUUGGAACCGACAAGGAGGCAGCUGAUUUGUUUAACACAAUGUCCAAGGAUUUGGUCAUGGAGAUGACCGGGAACCUUAACCUGGUGUACAAGGAUCUCAUCAAGUACAGCAAUAGGACUUGGCCUAAAUGGCGCGCCAAUCUAAUUCAUACUUACUGCAUAAGUCCGUGGGUAAUUAUUUCUGUCAUCGGAGCCUUCAUUCUCUUCUCUCUUACUGUAGUGCAAACUAUCUUUGCCAUCCCAAAUUAAUUUAAAGUGUUAUUUGUAAAAUUUAAUGGCAUUCAUAUAAAUAUAUAAUAGAUUAAUAUGCGAGUAUUAUUAAAAUUGUCAUAAUCAAUGUCCAAAUAAUAUGUCUAUAAAUUAAUUGUCCAAUUACGAAGUGCAAUAAAACCUCUUGAGCUAGUUUCACUUUUC